CGCCGGGGUAGGUGCCGUGGGUGCGGUCGCUCCCGCUACUUGCUGGUGCAGCGGUGUUUGGUGCGGUUGGCUCUACGGAGCUGCUGGUAGCGAGUCUAGCCUUAGUAGCCCACUCUGCGCGUGCUUCUCUCUCUGUCCUCAGCGCCCUUCCUGCCUGGGGGUCUCCUGAGCUUGCAAAAUGGCUGACGGACGGGACGUCGCCUCGGAGCAGCUGAAGCGGUGGCAAAGCCAGCGGGGCUCGCAGAAGCCAGAUGUCUUGACCACUGGUGCUGGGAAUCCAGUAGGGGAUAAACUUAAUGUUAUGACAGUUGGGCCACGUGGACCUCUUCUUGUUCAAGAUGUUGUUUUCACUGAUGAGAUGGCUCAUUUUGACAGAGAGAGGAUUCCUGAAAGAGUUGUGCAUGCAAAAGGAGCAGGUGCCUUUGGCUAUUUUGAAGUUACUCAUGAUAUUACCAAGUAUUGCAAGGCAAAAGUGUUUGAACACAUUGGAAAAAGAACUCCUAUUGCUAUACGGUUCUCCACUGUUGCUGGAGAGUCUGGGUCAGCUGAUACAGUUCGUGACCCUCGAGGCUUUGCAAUGAAAUUCUAUACAGAAGAAGGUAACUGGGAUCUUGUGGGAAAUAAUACUCCUAUCUUCUUUGUUCGGGACGCAAUGUUGUUUCCAUCCUUCAUCCAUAGCCAAAAGAGGAACCCUCAGACUCAUUUGAAGGAUCCAGAUAUGGUAUGGGACUUCUUGAGUCUUCGCCCUGAGUCUUUGCAUCAAGUGUCUUUCUUGUACAGCGAUCGUGGUAUUCCUGAUGGAUAUCGCCAUAUGAAUGGAUAUGGAUCUCAUACUUUUAAACUUGUUAAUGCUAGUGGGGGAGCAGUUUACUGCAAAUUCCAUGUUAAGACUGAUCAGGGCAUCAAAAAUCUUUCUGUUGAAGAAGCAGGAAGACUGGCUGCUACUGAUCCUGAUUAUGGAAUACGUGAUCUUUACAAUGCCAUAGCCAAUGGAAACUAUCCUUCCUGGUCUUUCUACAUUCAAGUUAUGACUUUUGAAGAAGCAGAGAGGUUCCCAUUUAAUCCUUUUGAUUUGACUAAGAUUUGGCCACAUGGUGACUACCCUCUCAUUCCAGUGGGCAAGAUUGUCUUGAACAGAAAUCCUGUGAAUUACUUCAUAGAGGUAGAACAGAUGGCGUAUGAUCCUAGCAACAUGCCACCUGGUAUUGAACCUAGCCCUGAUAAAAUGCUGCAGGGUCGUCUUUUUGCAUAUCCUGACACGCAUAGACAUCGUCUGGGACCAAACUACCUACAGAUUCCUGUGAACUGCCCCUACAGAGCUCGUGUGGCCAAUUAUCAGAGGGACGGACCAAUGUGUGUCUCUGACAACCAAGGUGGUGCCCCAAACUACUACCCGAAUAGUUUUACUGGUCCAGAAGAUCAGCCUGUUCUGAAGGAGAGCCGCAUGUCUGUUUCGGGAGAUGUGCAGCGUUUCAAUAGUGCAAAUGAAGAUAAUGUGUCUCAGGUGCGAGACUUCUAUAUCAAAGUGUUGAAAGAAGAUGAACGACAAAGGCUGUGUAAAAAUAUUGCUGAUCAUCUUAAAGAUGCUCAACUUUUCAUUCAAAAGAGAGCUGUGAAAAACUUCACUGAUGUUCAUCCUGACUAUGGUGCACGUAUUCAGACACUGCUGGACAAAUACAAUGCUGAAACUGGGAAAAAGGAUGUGAUUAGGACAUACACACAAGCCACUUCUCGUGUGUCUGCCAAAGAAAGAUCCAACUUGUAAAGCUACAGAGAAUUACCAUAUGAAUUUGCAUCCAUAUAACUGCAGGACAACCUGUUGAAAAUGUUAUUGAAUGUAGCUGACUUCUUCACAAGUAUAGCAGUGUUUUACAGGCUUGAUUUAUAAGCUUUCAAGUGCCUGUAUCUGUACUGGAAACAGUAAGUAACACAAGCUAACAAUUCUAGUGCCUUUCAACACUAGUGCUUUACUGCUUGCUGAAAACAUGGUGUUUUCAAGGAAACUAAUUAAAAACUUUUCAUUUCUAAGAGGAAACCAUGUUCUCUUCCAUUUUUUUAAAUUUAAAAAUUUCUCUGGCUAAAUUGCACAAUAAAACUUAAAUAAUGAUACUGUGAUUAUCCUUACGGAUAAACUUUUUCAUGUUAAAAAGCUGAUAUUACUUAGUAUUUCUAGUAGAAUAGUUACUUGUAUGUAUUUGUAGAUGCUUCCUUUUGAAUUUGUUUUGUCUUCCAGAAUUAAAGCAAUACCUAUGCAGUAGUUUUAGUUAAAUAUUGGUUAUUUCUGAUAUCUGUUGUCAAAAAUGAAGCUGAAUAGGAAGCUAAUCUCAUAUGUAAGUUUCAUUCUGAACACACAUUUAUGGUAACAAAUUUCUACUUAUUAAUGCUGUGUUGGAGAUAUCUGUCCCCACCAUCUCCCAUAGAUCAGUUAUUUCCUAAUAGCAUACACUUCACAACCGAAGUGAUUACAUCUUAGAAGUCCGUGGGGGGGGGGGGGGAAUGUUUCUUCUGGUUUACAAGAAUUUAAAUUGAAAAACAUUGGUUUUCCAAAUGUGUGGAAUAUUAACCUCCAAAUACAUGACUUACAAGCUUAGAUGCCUUAAACUAUUCCCAGUCACUCCUGAAGUUAUUUGACUGCUGUAAUCUGAUGUUGCUAUCUAUUGCUUAACCCAGAGAUGGUUUUCAGAAUUUGACUUUAAUUGAAAUGGUAUGCGUGUAUGAAUGUGCAUGCAUCUAUAUAGGGAUGAAAGGGAUAGCUACUGAUUUUAGACAUAUUGGAAUGUUGCACACUGUUUGCAAUUUAGUUAAUCAGUCCAAAAAAAGGCACCCUUUGGAUUGAAAAGUGUUCAUUUUUCUGAUAGUCCAAGAGUUUCUUUGGCAUAUUGAUAUUUUAUCUACAGUUACGGAGUAUAAUCUUUAGUAAUAUCUUAUGAACUGAGACACAAUGAAUGUGCUUAUGUUUUAACUAUAUUCUGAGACAUUAAGUACUACGAUAAUUAUGGAAUUUCUGGUCUUGUCUUACUUGAAUGUGUAUGGUGUUGGCCUAAGAAAGUACAGUUAGCACCUGAAUGUUUCACAGUAUGUUCAUACAACAAAGCCAUGACUAAAUCUAUUUUGUUACAGAGGCCAAAAUCCCAACUAAUAUUUUUCUUAAUUAUUUAAUUUGAAAGUGUCACCCAGUUAUGGGGUAACUAGUGCUCAAAUUGGCUGCUGGAAUUUAGAAUAAAAAUUUAUCAUGCCUGUUACACAUUGAAACUAUUUGUAACAGAGUAAAAAAUGUUUUCUAACUGUGCUCAAUAGGCAAUUUGCCAUGCAUCUAAAAUUCUAGCAAGUGUUAAUAAUUAUUCUGCCUGUUACUUUCCCUCCUCCCUUGGUGAAGAGAAAGAUCAGUGCAUAUAUGUAAUCAGUCCAGAUCUUAGUUACACAACAUUACCCUCAAUUUGAAAUAUAUCCUUUCCUUGUUUGUCUGCAAUAUUGUUUCACUAGCAUUUGGAUUGGAAAAAGCAUGAAUGAUAAUAAAAGAUUUCAGAGCCCAGCUACUAGCUUUUAAGCAAAUAUUAUACCAGUUUCAAUAAUUGGUGCUUUUGAGGCUCUGCCUUGAAUUGUAUUUUGAAUAAGUGUACUUCUUGAUUUAGAUUUCAAGCACAAAUUAGCUUUAUGAGAAGUGAUGCAGAUAGAUUAAAAGAAAAAAAGUUGAUAAAGUACUGUUCCAUUAACUAGAAACACUGUAGAAAGCUACUUCAACUCAUUUAUGUACUAACCUAUUGUGAAAAAUCAGCUGUGUGAUAAAGUAAAAUAAUAUUAAAUGACAGUCUGUUUUAUCCUGGGAUUUGUCUGGAUAUUUGCACGAGGGGGCUGGUGGGAAAAGAACAGUUGUAUAAAUGGGUAGGAAUUUUUCUUGCUGGCACAGAAUCGUAAUGAGUCUUGGGGAAAAAAGAGUAAGAGGGACUUAAUCUGUAAUUCUCAUGAUCUCUGCUAAAUGGAUUAUGCUGCCUUUCUUUUAUUUCUGAAAUAAAACAAUUACAUAUUUCUUAGCUA